AUGGGGCCAGUGGCAUAUGCCCAAUUCAGCACCCAAACUCAGGUUCUUGACAAACUCGCGUCCCAGCUCGCCAGAAGCAAGAAUGAUAUAAUUGCACCCGCGAUGUAUCUAUGGCUUGCAUAUCCCGCGGCACUACUCGGGGCGGGAGGAUGCGUCUUGUGGGGUAUUUUGAUUGAUCGCAGUUGGCAUUUCAUGAUAGGAGAGGUCGCUUUUCGCUGCAGGAUUCAAAUGGGAAACGUAACAGUGAUAACCUACUCGAUGGCUGCUUUCCCAGAUCAGGUCCUGGAAGUCAUAUCUUUGUAUGGGUUUCUCUACAAUAUUUCUGCGUUCCUUGUCCCUUGGUUCAUCAAUACUUGGGUUGAAGCUGUUGGUUUGACCUGGAGUUUUGUCACCCAAGGUCUUAUCACUCUUUUGGUAAUCCCAUGCAACUUGAUCCUUCAAACGUGCGGUCGAACGCGAGAAAAACACGGCCAUAAUGCGGCGUAG